UUGUGGGAUGUUUUGAAAACUUCAUUAAUCCGGAUGAAGCUGUCUCUUCGUUUUCUCUUGAUACGACAGCCACAGCGGAAAUCCCGCCUUUCUUGCCUCGCGAUUGGCUGACCGCCGAUCAGUUUCCUCAUCACCCAAUGACAUAUUACAAUGUGGAAAGCAACGUUGACCUCCCCCCGAAAUCACCUCUAAUGAGAAGCCAUGUUUCGGUCUUUAGGACGCGUUCAGCAGUUAAACUGCAACUUCCUGACUCUGCAGAGGCUCAGCGCCACCUCUAAAUUCCAUAUCUGCACGUCCAGAAUGGCUAGCUCGGACUACAGGAUUGAACGAGACACGUUUGGGGAGCUCAAGGUCCCGGCCGACAAAUACUACGGGGCCCAAACUGUCAGAUCGACCAUGAACUUCAAGAUAGGGGGACCAAGUGAGAGAAUGCCCAUCCAAGUGAUCAAGGCCUUUGGUGUACUGAAGAAAGCAGCUGCUCAGGUGAACAAGGAGUACGGCCUGGAUCCAAAAAUAGCCGAGGCAAUCGUCCAGGCUGCAGAUGAGGUUUCAGCCGGUAAGCUGGAUGAUCAUUUCCCUCUGGUGGUGUGGCAGACUGGCUCUGGAACUCAGACUAACAUGAAUGUCAAUGAGGUGAUCAGCAACAGGGCUAUUGAGAUCCUGGGAGGGAAACUGGGCUCCAAGGAUCCAGUUCACCCCAAUGACCAUGUCAAUAAGAGUCAGAGCUCCAAUGACACCUUCCCUACGGCCAUGCACAUCGCAGUAGCCACUGAGGUCCACCAGGUCCUGCUGCCCGGCCUGCAGACUCUGCACGACGCGCUCGCUGCAAAGGCUGAAGAGUUCAAAGACAUCAUCAAAAUUGGGCGCACGCACACUCAGGACGCUGUGCCGCUCUCGCUGGGCCAGGAGUUCAGCGGUUAUGUCCAGCAGGUGAAGUACAGCAUUGAGAGGGUGAAGGCCGCCAUGCCUAGGGUGUACGAGCUGGCAGCUGGAGGCACGGCUGUAGGAACGGGACUCAACACCCGCAUUGGGUUUGCUGAGAAGGUAGCCUCCACCGUUGCUUCUCUCACAGGCCUGCCGUUUGUAACCGCUCCCAACAAAUUUGAAGCCCUGGCAGCUCACGACGCCCUGGUAGAGCUGAGCGGGGCUCUCAACACUGUGGCCGUCAGCAUGAUGAAGAUCGCCAAUGACAUCCGCUUCUUGGGGUCAGGACCCCGCUCAGGCCUGGGAGAGCUCAUCUUACCAGAGAAUGAGCCAGGAAGCAGCAUCAUGCCGGGCAAGGUGAACCCAACCCAGUGUGAGGCCAUGACCAUGGUGGCAGCCCAGGUGAUGGGGAACCACGUGGCCGUCACCGUCGGAGGCAGCAACGGACACUUUGAACUCAACGUCUUCAAGCCGAUGAUGGUGAAGAACGUGCUGAACUCCGCACGGCUGCUCGGUGACGCCUCAGUCUCCUUCACCAACAACUGUGUGGUGGGCAUCCAGGCCAACACGGAGAGGAUCAACAAGCUCAUGAACGAGUCCCUCAUGCUGGUCACAGCGCUUAACCCUCACAUCGGGUACGACAAGGCGGCCACCAUCGCUAAAACGGCUCACAAGAAGGGCUCAACCCUGAAGGCUGUGGCCGUGGAGCUGGGCUAUCUGACCGAAGAGCAGUUUGACCAGUGGGUGAAGCCAAGUGACAUGCUGGGGCCAAAGUAAACUGACAACCCAAGGAAAAAAAAAACAAACUCUUUUAAACAAAAGAAAAGAGUAUUUAAGUAAAUCAGAUGUGGAACUGAAUAAGCAUUUUUUUUGGAUCCAGAACUUUUCAUCUCUCAACAAAAAUCUGGCUGUUGUAUGACGCAACUUGCGUAAUAUCUGGCAUACUGGUUGUGUUCAAUGUGCACUGUGUCAUGGUUCUUUGGUAUGGUUGAAACAGCUGAUGCAGCUCUACACACCUUUAUCUUUGUGUCUUAUCAGGGAAUGUUUUAAGAAGUAGCAGCAGUAAAGCUUUGCCAUCAAUAUGACUUAAUUUUGUACAUGUAAACAUGUAAAGUCUUUUUUUUUUUUUUUCCCUUCCAGAGUCAGAAUACUUUUAACUCCUCCUCAGCUUGUAGUCGAUAACACCGCAGCUCGGAGUGCCAUUGUGGUUGCUUCAAAACACUACAUAACAUUGUACCUCGUGUGUUUUGGUUUACACGAUGUGUGCCAUUUAUGCCAUGUGUCCGUUAAAUGAAAUGCGUUUAUUAAAACAAAUUCAGUCUUA